CGUCUCAAAAGUGUCCCCUACAUUAUGACACCAAAUGCAUUCAAAUAGCCUUUAUUCUUGCUAAGAUAUAGUCUGUAUGGUAGCUAUAACCCCCUCCCUCCUACAAUGCUAUAAAAUGGGGCUUGGGGCUCAAAGGGAUCCACAUGUACGUUUAACCUGGAGAUUCAUAAUGUACAGUAACAUCUCAGCAGUGGAUUUAAAGAGAUGAUUACAUGCAGCAACACCUCCUCAUAUUCAUUGUGGAAACAGACCAGUUGGUUGCAAUCUUUCCGUACUGGGGCAGUGGGAACCAGUCGACAAUAAACAAGGUUAGAAAUGCAGGAACAUCAACAAACAACAGGUUUAUCACGGUGGACGUUCAUGACUUCAUGUUGACGUUGUACAUUUUCUAAACUUGGACUGAUCCUCACUGGUUUUAAUGGUAACAUGAAUGUGGCCAGUUCAAAAGGCUCCACCUCUAAAGCAGACAGUUCCUUCCUGGAGCACAGUUAUAUUACAGACACUGCAGAGCUACGACCAGUCGCACCAUGAAGACCUUCAUCUGGAUCAAUACUGUCGUUAUCUGCAGCAUCAGCUGGAUCUCUGUCUCAGUGGCUCAGUCUCAGAAUGUGACGGUCCAGCCUGGUCACAUUGUCACACUGAGGUCCCCCAAACCCUCUGGUGAUAGUGUGAUGACCUGGUCAAGAUUGAUCAAUAAAACCACAGCCAGCUGCAUCUGUUUUAUGGCCAGAGCUACUGAAGAAGCUCAGUUCUGUGAUGGAUUCAAUAAUGGAAACUUUCAAAUGGGAGUGAACAACACUGAAGUGUUUCUCAAUAUCAAAAAUGUUAAUUUAUCCGACUCUGGAAUCUAUUUCUUUAAAACUGCCAAUGAAAGAAAAAACACUUACUAUGUGAUACAUUUAAACUUUCAAGACAGUGGGAAAACUCAGGAUGACUUGGACACAGAGUCUCAUACAGAGUGUAAUAAAACUGAUGAAACAACAUAUGUGAUGAGCUUGAUCCUCGGUGGUCUGACUGUUUUCCUUCUCGUGGUCGUUACUGUUCUGGUUGUUUGCCUCGGAAAAAGUCAAGCAGCUUCUGGUGAAAAAGAAGAUCCACAACUCCAUGAGAACGUAGACUGUGACGACCUGAAGGCUGCAGCACUGAGUGUGUUUUCACCAGCAGUAAGAAGCAGGAGACCUGCAUCACAGAGACAAGUGGAGACUCAUGUUACUUACGCUGCCAGCAGAUAGACUCACAGAGCAACUGCUGCUCUUAUCAGACUGAUCUACUGCUGUGUUCUGAUGGGAACUUACUGAAACUAGGGAGAAAUGAGUGAGUGAACAUACAGACGUGGUUCAGGACAUGAUCCUCUCAUGUCUCACUCCAUCCUCCUAUUAUGACCUGACUUUGGUGACAGACUGAUGAAGGUCUGCAGCAGAGCAGGGCUCAGUGAGACACACAUCACUAGUUUGACAUGAAGAGACGAUGUAGAAAAACAAUGAGGCCUAUGAUAAAAAUAUCUGAGAUGAACCAAAAAACUGUGUAACUUUGUUGUGAAAUUCAAAAUCUCCAUUUGCACAUUACUGUAUUUACCAGUAGAAAUGUGGCCUGAUGUUAAUGAGCUACACCUCUAAAUAAAACACACAGUUGUAAAAUG